AUGAAAUGGUUGGAGGAGUUGGAACAAGAGGAAGGCGCUGAUGAGUGGUCAAAAUCGGACUCAGAAGAUGAAGACAUAGAUCAAGAACCGGAUGAUGUUCAAGAGGAACAGGGGCUCAUCGAAUCAGAAACGGAUAUGAGCGAGGUACAAGGUGAAGUACUGGAUGAAGGAAUACGCUCUGAACCCUACUACACAGGUAAAGAUGGCCAAACCAUUUGGAGUAAAAUAGCGCCUGCCACACGCACUAGGGUGCACAAUAUAGUGUCAAAGUCCCUGGUCCUCUUGGACAUGCAAGAACGCUAA